CCCAGGGCUGCCUAUUCCGGCCUCUUCCCCCCCCCCCUCGUCUGCUGUCUUGUUCACUUUUCACGACACUUGGCCGGCUUGUGUCCUCUCUCCCCUUGACGACGAAGAUAGGGACGACGACGACGACGACGACGACGACGACGACGACAAGGCCUCCUUUGUUGGGAAGCGGUGACAGCAGAAGAAUCACCAUCAUCGCCAGCUCCCGCAAUCUGCGACAACCACCUCGGUGGUGAGACGAGACACCAAUGGGUUCCGACAAGACGACCGACGUCGAGGACGUCACGCCGCCGUACCAGGCCGGCACCAGCAGCGACCUCAGCGACGACGAUGCGGCCAUUAUCCCCAAGGGCGCGCUCGACCCCGUGUACGAGGCCAAGGCGAGGGUCCUCAACCGCGCGGUUCGCGAAAUCGGCAUGGGCUGGUACCAGUGGCAGCUCUUCAUCGUCGUGGGCUUUGGCUGGGCCAGCGACAACCUCUGGCCCAUCGUCACGUCGCUCGUCUUCACGCCCAUCGCCAACGAGUUCAACCCCUCGCGGCCGCCGCUCUUCACCCUCGCGCAAAACAUCGGCCUGCUCGCGGGCGCCAUCUUCUGGGGCUUCGGCUGCGACAUCUUCGGGCGCAAGUGGGCCUUCAACCUGACGCUGGGCCUCACGGCUUUCUGGGGCCUCGUCGCCGCCAGCGCACCAAACUUCGCCGCCGCGGGCGUCUUCGCCGCGCUCUGGUCCUUUGGCGUUGGCGGCAACCUGCCCGUCGACUCGGCCAUUUUCCUCGAGUUCCUACCCCAGUCGCACCAGUACCUCCUUACUGUCUUGUCCAUUGACUGGGCCGUCGCCCAGGUCAUCGCCAACCUCAUCGCCUGGCCCCUGCUCGGCAACCUCACCUGCUCCCAGGACGAGAAGCCGUGCCCCCGCGCCGACAACAUGGGCUGGCGCUACUUCGUCAUCACCAUGGGCGGCCUGACCCUGCUCAUGUUCCUCGCCCGCUUCGUCCUCUUCUCCAUCUUCGAGUCCCCCAAGUACCUCAUGGGCAAGGGCCGCGACGAAGACGCCGUCCGUGUCGUCCACGAGGUCGCCCGCCGCAACAAGAAGACGACAGACCUGACCGUCGACGAGCUGCGCGCCUGCGAGCCCGACGGCUACGUCGCGCAGACCACCGCCUCGGUCGCCCUGCGCCGCCAUCUCGAGAAGCUCGACGCCAAGCACGUCAGGGUCCUCUUCUCCACGCCGCGCCUCGCCCUCAGCACCGGCCUCAUCAUGGCCAUCUGGGCCCUCAUCGGCCUCGGCUACCCCCUCUACAACGCCUUCCUGCCCUACAUCCAGGCCACCCGCGGCGCCGAGUUCCAGGACGGCAGCACCUACAUCACCUACCGCAACAGCCUCAUCAUCUCCGUCCUCGGCGUCCCCGGCGCCCUGCUCGGCGGCUUCCUCGUCGAGCUGCCGCGCGUCGGCCGCAAGGGCACCCUGUCGCUCUUCACCGUCCUCACCGGCGUCUUCCUCUACUGCUCCACCACCGCGCUCAACAGCACCGCCCUCCUGGGCUGGAACUGCGCCUUUAACUUUUGCAGCAACGUCAUGUACGCCGUGCUGUACGGCUACACGCCCGAGAUCUUCCCCACGCCGCAGCGGGGCACCGGCAACGCCCUGGCCGCGACGUGCAACCGCAUCUUUGGCAUCAUGGCUCCCAUCAUUGCCAUGUUUGCGGAUCUCAAGACGUCGGCGCCUGUGUACACGAGCGGCGCAUUGUUCAUCCUCGCGGGCCUAUUAGUUUUGAUUUUGCCGUUUGAGUCGAGGGGGAAAGAAGCAAUGUGAUUUCGGGAUGCGGAAGAGUGACCGGAUUGAAAGCUGUGUUUUUGGAUACGACUGGAUGCAUGACUUGCCCCCACGGGGAAGCGAGAGGAUGAAAGGAUGGCGGUUGAUGGAACGCGCCGUAAAUACCUUUGCUCAGAGUCUUCGGACCAACAGUCUACGCGCAAUGAACGAUGGACUCGCCAAGCGGCGAGAGAACCGCGGUUACCCCGUGGCUGGACGCGAUGGCGACGAUUCAUGCCUGCGAUUACGCCGCACACCACGCUCACCCGCGAAGAGAUGAAUCACGGCCAUGACGAGACCGGCGGAUGCAGAGCCCCAGCUGCAUACGCACGCAAAUCAACAGACCGACGAGGCGCCGAUGCCAUCCCGACUACCAGGGCGUGUCUGAGAGAUGAAUGCUCGCUAACAAGUGAUGACCUCUAGACGACUCGAUUUAAGGCCGUGUCCGGCCACCGAUGUUGGCCUCGACGGGUGUUCCGUGUCCAAUGCCACGAUACCCUCGGGGGAAGAGCCUGCCCUUUGCAAGUAAA